AUGGCGGCCGCCGAUUCAAGCCGGCUCCAAGAAGCCCAGAAGCUUGCCAAGACGGACCCGCGAAAGUCUGAAGCCAUUUACAAGGAAAUCACCUCCAAAGCACCUGCUGCCACGUCGGAUGCGGCCACUCGCGAGUAUGAGUCGGCGCUCAUCAGUCUGGGAGAACUGUAUCGGGACGAGAAGAAGACACAGGAGUUGGUAGAUCUCGUUCGAGAGAGCCGUUCAGUAUUUUCUUCCUUUGCCAAGGCAAAAUCAUCAAAGCUGGUGCGGCAACUGCUCGACCUCUUCAAGGAGAUCCCUAACAGCACCGACAUUGAAGUACACAUCACAAAGGACUGCAUUGAAUGGGCCACCGCCGAGCGCCGCGCAUUCCAGCGCCAGGACCUCGAAGUACGCCUUGUUGCGCUCUACAUGACCAAGCAGUCGUACUACGAUGCACUUACCCUCAUCAACAGCCUCCUGCGUGAGCUGAAGCGCCUCGACGACAAACUCCGCCUGGUGGAAGUCCAGCUUCUCGAAUCAAGAGUCUAUCACGCCCUUGGAAACAUCCCCAAGGCCCGUGCGGCCCUCACCACGGCGCGAACAAGCGCGGCGAGUGUCUACACUCCGCCCCUGCUGCAGGCCAACCUAGACAUGCAGAGCGGCAUGCUCCACGCCGAGGACAAGGACUUUAACACGGCAUUUUCCUACUUUAUCGAGGCACUUGACGGCUACGACAGUCUAGACGAGAGCGCCAAGGCCCAAGCCGCUCUGCAGUACAUGCUCCUUUGCAAGAUCAUGCUCAAUCUCGCCGACGACGUGAACCAGCUCAUGUCCUCCAAGCAAGCAGUCAAGUAUGCCGGCAAGAAUCUCGAAGCCAUGAAGGCCAUUGCCAGAGCACACUCGAACCGCUCCCUGGAGGAGUACGAACGUGCCCUCUCCGCUUACCGGUACGAACUCGGCAGCGACGCCUUUAUCCGCAACCAUCUCCGCCGAUUGUAUGACGCCAUGUUGGAGCAGAAUCUCAUCAAGGUCAUUGAGCCAUUUUCCCGCGUCGAAAUCGACCAUAUUGCCAAGAUGGUCGGCCUCGACACCCAGCAGGUCGAGCGAAAACUGUCGCAGAUGAUCUUGGACAAGGUCAUCAUCGGUGUGCUGGACCAAGGAGCAGGCUGUCUCAUCAUCUAUGACGAGACGCAACGCGACGAAUCGUACGACGCAGCACUGGCAACAAUCGACAAGUUGAGCAACGUGGUGGAUGUGCUGUAUACAAACCAAGCUUCCAUGCUAGAGUAA